UGGCUCUGGCUGUCAUAGGCGCUGCUCCUCCACCACCGUCCUCCAACCUCCUACGUUAACGGGCGGCCUGUAAGUGUACAUACGGGCGGACUCGCGUAAGUUUUCAUCGUCCCGCACUCUUGUGUCCUUGAAAGAGUAAAAGUAGCCAUGCUCCUCUUACGAAGUGUACGCCUCGUUGCCUCGGGUGUGAGACAGCUGCCCAGCACUCAGGUGUGCUUACCCUUGACCAGCGUCUCCUCCAAGAAGUACCAUGUCUCCUGCAGCCGAAGAUCUGUCGAGAUCUCUUCGAUCCUCGAGGAGCGCAUCCUUGGCACCAGCAGCAAGGUCAACCUCGAAGAGACCGGUCGUGUGCUCAGCAUUGGUGACGGUAUUGCCCGUGUCUACGGUCUCAAGAACAUUCAGGCCGACGAGAUGGUGGAAUUCAGCUCCGGAUUGAAGGGCAUGGCCUUAAAUUUGGAGCCCGACAACGUCGGUAUUGUCGUCUUUGGUAACGACAGGCACAUCAAGGAAGGCGACAUUGUCAAGCGUACUGGUGCUAUUGUCGACGUGCCCGUUGGCGAAGAACUGCUGGGACGUGUUGUCGAUGCCCUGGGUAAUCCCAUUGACGGAAAAGGCCCACUUGGAAACAAGCUGAGGUUCCGUAUUGGUACCAAGGCCCCAGGUAUCAUUCCUAGGGAAUCUGUACGAGAGCCUAUGCAGACCGGUAUCAAGGCCGUCGAUUCGCUUGUACCAAUUGGUCGUGGUCAGCGUGAGUUGAUCAUUGGUGACCGUCAGACUGGAAAGACCGCUUUGGCUAUCGACACCAUCAUCAACCAGAAACGUUUCAACGAUGCCACCGAAGAAAAGAAGAAGCUAUACUGCAUUUACGUUGCUAUUGGACAAAAACGAUCUACAGUUGCCCAGAUUGUCAAGCGUCUCACAGACAGCAAUGCCAUUAACUAUUCCAUCAUUGUCUCGGCCACUGCAUCUGAUGCUGCACCUCUGCAAUACCUUGCCCCCUACUCUGGCUGUGCCAUGGGUGAAUUCUUCAGGGAUAACGGCAAGCACGCCCUCAUCAUCUACGACGACUUGUCCAAACAGGCUGUGGCCUACCGUCAAAUGUCUCUGCUGCUGAGGCGACCCCCCGGCCGUGAAGCUUACCCUGGUGACGUCUUCUACCUCCACUCCCGUCUUCUUGAACGUGCUGCCAAGAUGAACCAGACUCUAGGUGGUGGUUCCCUCACUGCCCUGCCCAUCAUCGAAACCCAGGCUGGUGAUGUGUCGGCCUACAUCCCAACUAAUGUCAUCUCCAUCACUGACGGUCAGAUCUUCUUGGAAACCGAGUUGUUCUACAAGGGUAUCCGACCUGCCAUCAACGUCGGUCUUUCCGUGUCUCGUGUAGGAUCGGCUGCCCAAACCAAGGCCAUGAAGCAGGUUGCUGGUUCCAUGAAGCUGGAGUUGGCCCAAUACCGUGAAGUAGCAGCCUUUGCCCAGUUCGGUUCCGACUUGGAUGCCGCAACUCAACAACUUCUGAACCGUGGUGUCCGUCUUACCGAACUGUUGAAACAGGGACAGUAUGUACCCAUGGCCAUCGAAGAACAGGUCGCCGUUAUCUACUGUGGUGUCCGUGGAUACCUCGACAAGAUGGAUCCCACAAAAAUUACUGCCUUUGAAAAAGAAUUCCUUGCCCACAUCAAAUCCACUCAACAAGACCUUUUGGCCACCAUUGCAAAAGAAAACAUCAUCAGUGAAUCGUCAGAUGCUACAUUGAAGAAGAUCGUCACUGACUUCUUGGCCGGCUUCAAUGCGUAAGCAUACCGUUGAGGGACUUGAUCAUCAACAUCCGCGAUCUCGAUCGAUUAGUUAUUAUAAGCUAUCUGCUGUUACUGCGCCGGUACCAAGCAACGUGUCAACACACGCACGCGACUGACGAACUUGGCAUUUGAACGUGGAACUGUUUUUUUUAACAUCUGCCCUCUUUUUUUUUUGUAAAUAACGCAAGGAAGGCAAUGAAAAAGCAGUUCCUUAUUUGAACGGUAAAGUGGGCGGCUUUGUGCAUGUAUUGACACAUUGCUCUUAGGUUCUUUAAUAAAAAGAAGUACCUAUUAUUUCGUAACGAAACGUUGAAUGAAUGUAAGCCUCCCAAUCAUUGGAAUCUGAUUACUUUAAUCGAUACGACUAUCAAGAAAAGAAAACAAGACCGAAAAAAAUUGUUAGAAAUAAGAUAGUUAAUAAAACACCAAACUUCAAUAAAUGUUACAUUUUUAACUAUCA